AUGACGACAUCUGAGUGGAAUCCGCGGCAUGCUCUUCCUGCUGAUAUCCGGAAACUUCUGACUCCGGCUGAGGCUAACGGCAAAAAUUACAACUAUAUUAAUGCAUUUUAUCAGAUCGCAUCGCUUUUAAAGCAGCAGAAGCGCACCGGCUGGAUCGACCACCAGGUCCCGAACCCUGAAAGUAUUGCAGACCACAUGUAUCGAAUGUCUAUCAUUGCGAUGUCGCUGAACAGCGAUGCAUUUUCUCAAAAGCCUGAUCUGACCAAAUGUGCCAAGAUCGCGCUUGUGCACGACAUAGCAGAGAGCCUGGUCGGCGACAUCGUUCCUCACGACGCCAAUAUUGACAAGAAAGAGAAAAACAGACGAGAGUACAGCACGAUUCUCUAUCUGAGCGAGGUCAUCAAGCCAUAUAACGCUACCUUUUCCGAGGAGAUCGUGCAGCUUUGGCUUGAUUAUGAGGACCAGCGUAACUUCGAGGCCUCAAUAGUGAAGGACAUUGACAAGUACGAGAUGCUGAUCCAGGCUUUUGAGUACGAGAAAGCCACCAAGAAGUCUCUCGAUGAGUUUUUCCGCUCAAGAGCGCUGAUCAAGCAUCCAGAGAUCCAGGGCCUUGCCGACAGUCUGUUGGAAGAGCGGAAGGCGUUCUGGGGUGCAUAG